CAAAACACCAUUACGCAUUAUCCUCGAUCCAUAUCUAGUGGUCGUGGAGUGUCACGUCGUUCUGUUACUAGCACUUACUUCAGCUCAUCAGGCCAAGCAGCGUUUGUAGUCUAGACCAUUUGUUUUAGUUUGCUCCAUGGUGUUGUGUCACCCGCUGACCGUUAUAAACUGGUCGGCUUUUCUACUUUUACGUCUAUGAUCAGGAUGAUCGAGUAGAGUUCGGAAGCGAUUUGUUGGAAAUAAAAAUUGAGUGAAUGUGUUCAUCAGCUUGGUUGUUGAAAUUGAAUUCUACGCUGUGUUGAGAAUUUGCCAUGGCUACAAAGAAGGGUAACAUAAUGCAGGUGGCCGGCAAUGCAUCUACGAUGAAUUUGAACUCAAUGGUGUUGACCAAUAUUCAAGGCUCGCAGUACUUCAAACAUGACUUGUUUGCGCUGAAAACUUAUCAUGAGGUGGUGGACGAAAUUUACUACAAGGUGUCACACUUGGAGCCGUGGGAGAGAGGCAGUCGCAAAACAGCUUCCCAAGUGGGCAUGUGUGGCGGGGUGCGAGGAGUUGGUGCUGGUGGCGUGGUGUCUUCAGCAUUCUGUCUGCUCUUCAAGCUGUAUACUCUGAAGCUGACACGGAAGCAAAUCAAUGGUCUUUUAACACACGCCGACUCGCCUUACAUCCGUGCACUGGGAUUUCUAUAUCUCCGGUUCACACAGCCGCCUAACGAGUUGUGGGAGUGGUUUGAGCCCUAUGUGAAUGACACUGAGGAAAUUGACCCGAAGGCUGGUGGUGGCAGGAUCACAACUAUGGGUGCCCUUUGUCGCAAGAUGCUGGUCAACCUAGAUUGGUAUGACACUCUCCUGCCACGCAUACCCAUCAAGAUCUCGAAGGAGAUCGAUGCUGAGGUUCGAUCGCUUCCUCCUGCUCCGGAGCCAGGUGAUGGUGGUAAUUUUGAGCAAGACGACGAUGCUGAAGAGGCGGCAGCACCUGAAGACAAUGAAAGUGAGAAGGCUGGAAGCACUCGUGGCUCUCGACAAUCAUCGCCACACCGCACCGAAUCCCGGAGAGACCGGGAUUACGACAGUCGAGGAAAAGACUACUCUCGUCACUCAGAGAGAGAUAGAGACCGCGACUAUGAACGAUCCCGUGAUAGAGACUAUGAGCGUGACCGGAAUCGAGACAGAGACCGUGAGAGGGACAGGGACCGUGACAGAGAUAGAGAUAGGGACCGAGACAGAGAUCGUGACAGGGAUCGUGAUCGGUACCAUGACCGUGACCGAGGACGAGAGCGAGAUUAUGAUCGCCGUGACAGAGAUAGGGAGUAUGAUAGGCGAGAUCGCGACCGGGACUAUGAUCGCCGUGACCGAGAUGCAGAUGCGGACAGCAGCAAACAUCGCAGCAGAGAUCGUGAAGAUCGGGACCGAUCUCGUGACAAGCGUGACCAUUGACGUCUUUCUGCUGUUGCAGUAUCGCACUCCCAACCUGCUACUAAUGCCUACUUGAGUGAAGUGCUGCAUUAUGGCGUGUAUGUGACUAUGUGUAUUUGUCUGUGUCUGUGUGAAUCUGCCAUUGUACAUAGUGCUUUUUCGUUGCUGAUUCUCAAUUGCUGCGCAUGUGAAUCGCCCUGCGUGUCUGAAUCAUGAAAUAUACAAAAAAUAGGUCCUAAUCUGAUUUGUUGCCCUCGGUCCUCAUAUAAUUAUAUGUAUAUUAUACAUAGUGCGCUGUAUUCUUCUACGUAGUCUGUCAAUAUUUUUUGGACAUCAUUCUCAUCUGUAGUGUGCGCUUCUGCCUUCAUCUCUCCUAGAUCAACGUGGAUUUUGCCAAGAUCCGAUUGCUUAGGUGGGUUUUUACUUCUGCUGUUUCUGUUCAUGUGUUCUUCUCUGUCAAAUGUAUCACUGUUCAUGCAGCUGUGUUGGUGGACAAGCAUAGUUCAUAGAGAGGAUUUGUCUUCAUCGCCUGUCUUCAUCGCCUGCUGAUCACUUGUCUCUGUGUA